AUGUCGCCAGAUGAAAGCCAAGGCACAUGCGACAGUCGGAGACCCAAGUGUGGUCGCUGUGUGGUUUACGACUUCACUUGUCUCUAUGCGAAGACCAGGUCCAGACGUCACGAAGUAAAUCAAGAUGAUGGUUGGGAUGCAUCAAGCUCCAAUGCCAUUGAUGAGCUUCGAGAUGGCAUCAAUGCUUACGACGACUUGAUUCGUCGACUCUUACGCAGAAAAACGGAGGAUAAUCUUGACCCCAAAGAAUUACAUAAUCAAGUGAAAGACAGAGUCAAGAGAGCCCUCGAUCGAAUCGCCUUACUCACGGACCCUCGUGCAGCUACCAUCGCUUCGCCUUCUGACCAGGAUCCAUCAUCCCAAUCGCCAUUCUCACAAAAUCAGCAUCGAUACUUGGGAGAAGUCAGCGAUGUCCACUUCUUCAAUCUUGUCAAGGGAUUUCUACAAACUAAAGAUUCGUCUAAUCCCGAGCAAGGGUUUGACAGCUACGAACAAGAUGGAGAAGUCUCGACGACCAAUAAUAAAAGCAAUGGGCAUACUCUGCCCCCUGCACCAGUAGACACAAGAGAACUUGUUGAGGUGUACUUUUCUACAAUUCAUAUCGCCUAUCCUUUCAUUCCACAGUCUCCCUUCAUGGCGAAUUUAGCCAGGGAAGGGGGAAUUCCGAACAACGCGACUGAUCUCGCUAUCUUAUACGUUAUCUGUGCCAUUGGAUCAUAUUAUACGUCUUUUCCUGGACGAGACGCAGUUUCGCAAACCCGUCAUGAAUGCUACUUUCAGCGUGCCAUGGCCUUGACUGCAGCGACGAGUGGUCAUCACUCUAUUCAGCAAGUCACGCUACUACUCGUGCAAUGCUUCUAUCUAUUAACUGUAUCCAAGACUGACAGUUGUUGGACGACACUUGGACAAGCAGUCCGUAUAGCUCAAAGCAUAGGGCUACAUGUUGAAUCUCCAAGUCCCAAGUCUAGAAGUGCCACUGUGCUAGAACGUAGACGAAGAAUAUGGCACUCGAUAUAUGUUCUUGAUCGGUUACUGUCUCUUCAGCUAGGUCGACCACCAGCGAUUCAUGAUCAAGAUUGCAACGUGGCGCUACCGUCUCGGCGUGCAGAUAACGAGAUAGAUUGGUCUUCCGAUGCAAUGGAACCUCCCGAGGAAAGCCCUUCGGCAGGCGAUUACUUUAUUGCGGUCAUUGGCUUUUCCCAAAUCGUGGGCUGCGUCCUGCGCGAUGUCUAUGGCCCAGUCCAUUCGAGGCCGACCCCAGAAAUGAUAUUGGGCACGCAAAAUCUGGAUCGCAGGCUUGUUGAAUGGAAGCUGGGCCUUCCUCAGAAGCUACGCUUCGAUUUGGGUCACUCGUUUGACCAAAACAAUAUCUUUAGACGUCAGAGAAACAUGCUUGCAAUCAAAUUCCAUCAUUUACGAGCCCUUUUACACCGUCCAUACCUAUGUUAUCCUCUUUUACGACAGCGGGAUGACUCUUCUAUGAGUUUGUCACAAUUAGACUGGCCACUGAUUGCCGUCUUCGAGAGGAUUUGUAUUGAUGAAGCCCAGGGAACUGCUCGUCUGCUCCACCACGUUUCUGAUGAACAGGAAUUAGUGCAUGAGUUCCCCUGGUGGCAGAUGAUAUCUUGUCUGAUCUGUGCCGGGUCCAUAUUGCUUGUGUCGAGCAUCUUCGCGCAGCAGCUUGAUGAUCACAGUGGAUUCGACAGUGAAGGUUUACGCGAUGAUGCGGAGACGUGCUUGAAGAUAUUUGAGGCGCUGAGCAGUAAUUCAAAGAGUGCAAGGAUUGCGAGGAAUAUGAUUCAAGGUCUGAAGCAGUCUGGUUCAGAAUGGCGAAAACAGGCUGGCCAAGGGACUGACGUAGUCCCAUUCUCACAAACUUUGAGUCAGCCUGAUGCCUCGAUGGAGCUUCAACAUACCUCUGCUACUGGAGUUCCGGUCUCGCAAGAAAUGCUGAGUCUGCAAGACCAGAACGUUGAAUUAUUAUCAGAUGCCAUACCAACUCCUCAGAACUGGCCAGCUGAGAUUACAGAUUCCAUGGCUUGGUCAUCGCAGUUCUUGGACACAUUUCAAGGAGAUGGAAGUUGGAUUUGA